GCUUUGAUACAGGAAUAAAAUCUGUUAGCACAAAAAUGUCAAAACAAAUCUAGAUGCUUCUAUAAACUAUUAUCCGACAAUCCAGACACUAGUGGCGAGGCACAUCAACAAAGAAGACAGUUUAAAUAAAAUUCAAGAUGUACUACCGCGUCCAUUACAUCAUUUCGCAUCCACAGAUGGUUCCCAUAUGACGAAGAUGGCGUAUAUUUACCUGCAGUGAAACGUGCUCCAGCUCGUCGCAAUGUGCGAAAUUUCAACGAACAAGUGAUGAUUCUCAAAAGUGGCGCUGGAUUAGCAGGAUUCAGCUUUCCACUAGCUACCGAACGCGAUAUCGAAGCUUUGGAAUUGGCAGUUCGUCAAAAUACUGCGUCUCGAGAUCAAUACGUAACCUUUCUGCAGGACUACAAAUCACCUCGAAUGGAUGUGGCAAACGUGUUCACCGAUCUGUUUAGCGAUGAGGCACUGGCCAACUAUAACUACUUCGGAAUGACCAACCGGUCUCGGAAGAAGAAAGCCAUGCGAGAUUAUGUGAUUUUCACCGACUGUAUGCUGGAAGCUUGGGAAAGUCACGGUAUCGGUCAGGAUGUACUCAGGGAGAAAAUCACAAAAGUUAUCGCCCGUCUCAAUCACAAACUACGAACACGACGCUACAGAAGUAAAACGACAGCUCUAUGAAAUCUCACAGAUCUUGUUGCCACAAAACACAAAAUAUGGUUGUAAAUAAAACAAACCCAAAACAAUAAGAAAGUGUGUUCCAUUAUGACGUUAAACCGAGCUGCCAAAAUUAAAGAACCGAUUUAAAUACUUGGAGCGCGCCGGGAACUUACACAAGCCGGAUAUUUCGACGUACUGUUUUCCACUUCAAACCGAGGACGACAUCGAGCGGCUGGAGUCGGAAGUAAAAAACA